AUGUAUAGGAAUUCCUCCCUCGACUUUCAAAGUUCCCACACAACCCAUAAGCAGCCCCUGACCCCAGCUGUGCCCUCCUCUACCCCUUCGGGUCCUGCAGCACGGGGGUUUGGCGCCAGAAGGAACAAGCCUUGGAAACUGGCCGGGGCCCCCGCCGAGGCUGCUGGGCGCGCUGCCCUCGCAGCAGGUGACAGUCAGGAGACAGUCCCAGGACACCGUGACUCCGCCAGAGCCUCCGCCUCCUGUUCAGUCUACCCGGGUCAGCAGCAGGGCUCCGCCUGGCGACCAGAGACACCUACGGCUCGGAUCACACCCACCAGCCAUCCGCGCGAGGCCUCCCGGAGCCCUGAGCCGGGUGUGUUAGGUCUAACGCCUCCCUCUCAGCUUCCAGAAGCGCCGAGGCUAGACCCAGCCGUGGAGAAAGAACGGUGCGGCUCACCACGCGCGUCCCCGCCACCCAUGACCGCGCGCACUCACCACCUCCCCGCCGCAAGUCCCACGGCGCCUGCGUGGCCCGCCCACAACACUAGCUCCGCCCCAAGGCGCCUGCGCGGCCCCGCCCUAGAUCCGCCGAGGCCCCGCCCUCGGCCUAUAGGGUCUGCGCAGUCCCGCCCCGCAGAGCGGGUGUGA